AACUACACCCACCCUAACCGUUGUCCCCUCUUCUCUCCUUCUUCCCCAUUUCCCACACUUCCUUCUCACUCCUUUAAUGGCGAUUCUGCAGAUGGCUUCUCUCCUCAUCUCUCUUCUCUUCCUGGGUAAUUUUGCGUCGGCGACGGUGUUCACCGUCCAAAACCGCUGCAGCUACACGAUCUGGCCCGGCACAUUAUCCGGCAACGGCGUCGCAGUCCUCGGCAAUGGCGGUUUCGCCUUGCCGGCGGGCGCCUCCGUGCAGCUCCAGUCGCCGCCGGGGUGGUCCGGCCGGUUCUGGGGCCGCACUGGCUGCAACUUCGACGAUUCCGGCGUCGGCAACUGCAGCACCGGCGACUGCGGCGCCCUGAAGUGCAGCGGCGGCGGCGUCCCGCCUGUCACGCUCGCGGAGUUCACCAUAGCCUCCGGCGCCGCGGAUAAGGACUUCUACGACGUGAGCCUCGUCGACGGCUACAAUGUCGGAAUGGGGGUGAGCGCCGCCGGCGGCACCGGCGACUGCCAGUACGCCGGUUGCGUGGCGGAUCUGAACCAGAACUGCCCGCCUGAACUUCGGGUCGUGUAUUCGGGUUCGGUGGUCGCGUGCAAGAGCGCGUGCGCGGCGUUUGAAGCGCCGCAGUUCUGUUGCACCGGCGACCACGCGACGCCGCAGACGUGCGCGCCGACGCAGUACUCGGAGAUGUUCAAGAGCGCGUGCCCGAAGGCUUAUAGCUAUGCUUAUGACGAUGCCUCGAGUACCCGUACUUGUAGCGGGUCGGAUUACUUGAUCACUUUCUGCCCGAUCGGGUCGUCAUGAUUUAUGAUUGGCGUAAUUUUUCCAUCAUCUUCCUCGUAUGUUUUAGAUCUUAUAAAUAUAUAUAUUUUUUAAUAGAAUUUUAGGGUAGUUUUGAAUUUCUCAUACUUGGAUUGCGGGGAUUUAUUGAUUGGAUUUUCAUAUAAUUGGUUUCUUGUAAUGGGUUAGUCGAUAAAGAUUAAUAUUUCUUUAAUUUGGUAGGAAUUAAUUAAUAUCGUAUUCGUAUGCAA